CAUAUUCAUCCAUGGCAUCUAGCAUCACACGCGACGACCGACCGUGGGGAGAGCAAAGUGAUACAGACUUUUCAGUUCUUUCCGCUCAUCGAUACCGAACACAUCCAGGAAGGAAAGGAUCUCUAUCGCGUUACCUUACAUUUGACAGGAAUUGAUGGUGUGUGGUGUGAUGGUGGCGUAAUACUAAGCAGCACUUAUCUGACAAAAUUGUUUAAGAAGCGAGUGGAAUUGGAAUUUUCGCUUUUCCGAAUGGUGAAAAUCAGGAACCACACUCGAGUAGAUCGAGUGUGAAAAAGGAUCGGAAAAUAGCGCAGGGGAAGAGGUCAAAUAUACAUAGUUGUGCAUGUGUGUUGUGAUAUAAGAAGAGUUCCUUGAACUGGUUCUUCAGUGGAUUGAAAAGAGCACCGGAUAGCAGUGUAGCAAUAAAAUUAGACGGAUAACGAAGGUUCCUCGUGGUCAAUUGAUUGGAAAUAACAUAUAGCCUUUUAAAUGAGCUAUUACCGUUCCUGGACCAUUGGUCUGUUGUCGUCGUACUGAAAACCAACCCUGAACCAGUGACCUGCAGUCAAGUGCGGUGAGACGAAAUGUCUAACCAUGGUAGUAGUAAGGACAGUAUCAACAAGGAAGUGUCUGGAGGAUCGCCGAUGCCGGCGGCUGCGGGAGCAGCUGCAGUAAACGGCAUUCAUCUGCAGGAGCACUCGUGCGAAAUCUGUGGCAUGUCGGGCCUAUCGGAUGAUGCCAUGCGAGAACACACCCGCCAGUGCCAUGUGGAGGGCAGUGCUCAAUGUCCAUUCUGUGGGCUCAGUGGAGUACCUGCGGCCGAGUUGCUACUGCACGUAAAUCAGGCCCAUUUGGAUUAUUUAACACCGGAGAAUGAGCUGAUGAGCUUCAUUGACGAUCAGACGCCUAGCAUUGACGGCGAUUCUGAUUCCAUCUCUGACUGCCGUGGACUAUCUCCAUCGAUAACAUCCGAGCUUCUUACACCGGUUUCAAAUACCAACAACAAAGCAAGCAUGAGCAAUGGUGCAGUUCAGAGCAGUUCCUCUGCAAUUACAAGCUCCUACGGACAGCAGCUGCUCAACGGUACCAGUAGUUAUAGCAAAAUCAGUUCUUCGAUGAGCACUUCGGCGACAAGCACUAGUAGCAAGUCCAGUAUCGAUAGUCAACAGAAUGGAAUUAGUAACGGUAGUAUGAGUGCCAGUAGUAGUAGCAAUAACCAUUUGUCAGGUGCUAGCAGUAAGGUCAAUCAACAGCACCUGUUGAACAAUCAUCAGCAGCAUCCUGAGGUGACGAUAACUAGUACAAGCAACAAAAGCUGUGAUAUGGUGAACGACGGCAAGGAGGCAGUUAUGAAUGGUGGUGGUGCAGGUUGUACCAGUGGAGUCGUUGCUGGCGCUAGUGGCACUACCAGUGCCAACGGGACAGGUGCAGGUGGCCAAGGAUCUCCGCUUCGAUCGCAAUUAGGACUCAAGCUCAAAUCACACAAACCUAUCGCAACUACCACUACGAAACCCAGUCCGCUGCAAUGUUUGUUAUGUCCCUACACGACCGAGAACCCAACAGUUCUGGAAGAGCAUAUAAAUCGAUCGCACUUCGAUCCGCUGAGCCCAAGCGUAAACAAUGGAGCCAGCGGAAAUUCUCACGUAGAUACACUAAGCGCGCUACAGUGUCCUAUUUGUGCGCGAACAUUCGAAUCCGGAUCGGAUCUGGAACUGCACGUAAACAUAGAACAUCGCGAUAUCCUGAGUCCGGCCAAAGCAGAUCGUCCGAAUGGUGGGACUCCGGCUGCCGCAACUGUGAACGGAAGCCUCACCGGAAGUCUCUGUCCUGUUUGCGGUAUUUCGUUCGACCACAUGAAAACAGCCGAUAUGGAAAUUCACAUCGAAAAACACUUUACCAAGAGUCCACAGAAUCCGAGCUCGAAGGAACCGGACCUGGAGAAACAAGCACAAAAAUUACGCGAGCAAAGGGAGUUCGAGAUGCUUCGCGCGCAGUACGGCAUGGACGAUCAGGGCAACUUUCGGGAGCAAUCGGCGGCCGCCAUGCAGAGGGCAGUGUACGCCGGUGAGAUGAGCGUAGCGGAUUACUACGAACGGCAAGUGGGACUGCGAGCGGCCGAAUCGCACGGAGUUGAUGACGGGUCGUCCUGCACGAAAUCGGUUUCGCCGCGUGUGCUCUCGUUGUCAUCGUCUUCGCCGAAUGUGCUGAAGACGUACGUUUGCUCGAGCGUUGACCAUUAUGCUUCCAGCUACGGAGAUAAGGGAUGGGGCUGUGGCUAUAGGAAUCUGCAAAUGAUGCUUUCGUCGCUGUUACAGAACACCGCUUACAACGAAGCAUUGUAUUCGGCGUGGGGAUCACACGGUCCAGCACGCACGGCUAUGCCGAGCAUCUCGCGGCUGCAGCGUAUGGUUGAAGCAGCCUGGGCGCAGGGAUUCGACAUCCAGGGCUCGGAACAGUUGGGCUGCAAGCUGUACAACACUCGGAAAUGGAUUGGUGCCACAGAAAUCGUUACCGUCCUAUCGUGGCUUCGGAUCCGUUGCGAGUUGGUAGACUUCCAUCGACCAACCUCGCCCGACGGGCGCCAUCCGGAGUUAUUCAAUUGGGUUUUGCGUUAUUUCGAAGAGCCAAGGAUCCACACGCCGCCGUUGUAUUUGCAGCAUCAAGGCCACUCGAGAACGAUCAUUGGUAUCGAACAACGUACCUCAGGACUUUCUCUGUUGGUGCUGGAUCCAAGCCAUGGCCCUCGACAGGUUGCCGCGCUUGGUUCUUCGCAGGAUUCGCUUCGAUUGAUUCGGAAAAACUCGGCAGCCAUGAGGGCUCCCCAGUAUCAAGUAGUGGCAGUGAAGGGACUCAUCGAAACAGAAGAACAGUACCAGGCGAGUAAAGUUUUACGAUCCCAUAGAAUCCCGCCCGACCGUUGACGUGCUGUAGAAGUUUACCUGAUAUUUGUUCGAGUUGCGCUAAUUUAAGAAUUUAUCAAUUAAUUUUACCUAGUCUAGAACAAACAAAAACUACUUAGCUAACCUUAGAACGACAACAGGAAGAGUAAAAACCUUAAUUUAGAGCAGAACAAGAGUGAAAUACUUACCAA